AUGGAUUCUAGUAAUCCAUAUAGUCAGACAUCCAAUUUUGUUGAUCUGUUGAACAGUCAACAAGAUACUGACCUUCCUGAAACCUAUCUGUAUGCAAGUUUUUCACAUGGAUCAUCACAACUCCCUAGUCAAACUUCAAGCUUUUGUGAAGUCUCAACUACAGAGCGUAGAGAAAGAAAGAAAUGGACAGUCACAGAUGAUCUAGUGCUCAUUAGCGCAUGGCUAAACACGAGCAAGGACCAUGUGGUAGGCAAUGAGCAGAAAGCAUGUGCUUUCUGGAAACGCAUUGCAGCGUACUUUGCAGCAAGUCCAAAGGUGGAAAGAGGUGAAACCCGAGAGGCCAUUCAGUGUAAGCAAAGGUGGCAGAAGAUGAACGAUCUUAUGUGCAAGUUUUGUGGAGCUUAUGCGGCUGCAACAAGGCAGAAAACAAGUGGCCAGAACGAGGCUGAUACUGUUAAAAUGGCACACGAAAUCUUCUACAAUGAUCAUAAGAUUAAAUUUAAUCUUCACCAUGCUUGGGAGGAGCGGAGGAAUGACCAGAAAUGGUGUGAAGUUGCUAGUUCCAAGCUUGAUGGAAGCGGUAAGAAGAGAAAGUAUGAUGAUGGAGCACAAUCUGAAAGCUCUCAAGCAACUUCAAAUCUCGGAGAUCAACCAACGAAACGUCCUCCUGGUGUUAAGGCUGCGAAAGGAGCAUCUGGUAAGAGAAGUAUAGCGGAUCACCAGGCUGUCGCUCAGUUUCAGACCAUGUGUUCUAUUAAGGAGAAAGAUUUGGCGGUUAAGGAGAAAGAUUUGGUCGUUAAAGAGAGAGUUUCGAAGAUGUUUUUGCUUGACAGUCUCAUUUCCAAAAAAGAUUCACUUUCUGAAGCUGAAGAAGCUCUAAAGCAGAAGUUACUAACGGAGAUGCUCAGUAAUUAG